AGGGAGGAUAAUCAACAGAAACUGAAACAGGUGCGUAACAUUAUGAGUAACCAAGGAAACUAACUUGUGGCAGGAAAAUGAGAACAAAGGAAACAGGUACUAGAACUAAACCAAAACAGAACAUAAUCGUUACAGUGGCGUUAUUAUUCGUUAGUGGCUGCAUUAUUCGAAGGCUAAUCGCGUCACAGUGGCGAGACAAAGCCUGUCCCAAUUUGGCUUCUUCAAAUGCGUCAUUCGUUUCCCGGUCAAUGAAGGAUGCAACAGAUGGAUCCUUUGCGGCCUAGCCUACUGCAGAAUUCAUUGCACUCCAACCAUCCCAUUUACCAACGCUCGCUUCGACCUUCGCGGCCUUCGAAGGCGUGGCCUUUGAAGUCCUUGUCCAGCCUCUGAAUUGUGAUGCAACUACGUUGCUCAAAUAGCACACUUAGCCAGCCAGGCAACAGACAAGUGACCAAUCCUGAGUUGCGACGUCACUACAAGCAUUCUACCAGCAUGGUUCAACGCAGUUAGUCAACCGUGCUGAGAAUUCUUGGCCGAAAACGGUUUGUAAUCAUGCCGUGAUAUACCAGGCUCAAGUGGAAAUACAACUGGAACCGUUCGACCCAGCGGUGGAAAAGUUUUAAAGGUACAGUAGCAAAAAUAUAUUUGUUAUUCUUUUAAAGUCUUUAAAAUGACAAUCAAACUGGUGGAGAUUAGAGGGCUAUAAGAGGGCAUGACAUAUGAGAGUCUCUAGUUACUUUGAAAAUGAAUGUGAUUAUCAAUAUCAUUAAUCAGUGGUUUCUCACUGCUCUGUGUGUGUAUUUGAAUUAUCUGGUUGAUUAGCUCUUUGCACUUCUAAUCAAGUCAUCAAGACCCUAUAAUGCUCCUCAAAAAAUUCAUGGCUGAAUUGAGCAUUUGUAAUCAAUAUGUAUAUGAGAGCAGAAAGAAAAAAGAAGGGAUUUUUGUGUGUGCGCGCACGUUUGUGACAAAGAAGCAGAAAAGACAGAAUGUACACAGACGAACAGAGAAAACUGUCAUAAAAAAUCUUGUUUGUUUUGCCUCACACACACACACAAAACCUCACAAUGAAACCAACAGUAAACUCCCGUCCAGUCUGCAGAUCAGUAAGUCCUUCUCUCUGCUCACGUCUCUGGAUUUAUUUUCUGCUGAAAGCAGGAACUCUCAAUCUCUUCUCAGCCUGGAGUCUUUGGUCUCAUCUCCCCUCAUCUCACUCUGAGCCUCUGCUGUGGAUCCACAGCUUCAUGUGCUGUCUGAGUGAUAUUUCUCUCCUCGCUUCUGGGGAAGUAGACUACAUGUUCUAUCCUUCCUUUAUUAAAUAAUACUUUAUAGAGUUGGAAAACCUCCUCAGUGUAUGAUAAGGAACAGAUCUCUACAAACUUAUGAGACUGAGUCAAAUAUGUGGCCUCUGAAUCCUCAUGAGACAAACAUUGUGUUUGGGACGUUACACAGUAGAAUACUCUAGAGCAUUGUAAAAAAUAAUUUGAUUUAUUAGAUAGUUUGAGAUAGCUACGAACCCAAGAAUCUUAGUCACCAUCAACCGGGAGUAGCAACCUACUUAUUAUGACCAUAGACUGUAUAAAACAAUGGACGUAGUGUUCGUGACGUCACCCGUAGGUUUCUGAGGAGCAUUUUUGAAGCCCAAAGUGGGCGGAGCUGGCCGUCGCCAUCUUGGCAGCACGUCACCACGCGUCACUCCCGGAUAACCAAAAAUGGGAAAAGAGGUGGGAUGUGGGUGGAAUUAGCUGAAGUGACGUGACGGCUAACAGCAGACAAACGGCUAGUAGUGACAUCAGCGGCAAUCCACCUGUCACUCAAGUGGCCACGCCCUUAAUUAUGCAGAACUUUAAGGCUUAAUAUAAUUUAAACGGAUGAGUUAUAAAAAAAAAAUUCACCCCCCUCACAGAUGUCAUGAAGGCAAAAUUAGCUAUAUAGACCAAAAUCACUUUUUGUACCAGGCUGUAAACAUAUUUUUUUCUGCUGAAAAGUUGGCAUUUUAACAUGGGGGGUCUAUGGGAUUGACUCCAUUUUGGAGCCUGUCUCUAGUGGCCAGUCAAUGAACUGCAGUUUAAGUCACUUUCGUGUUGGAUUCAAAAGAGAGACUGGAAGGUUGGCGCUUUAUUGUGACGUAUUUUUCCGAGUGAACCGGAAGCACACUGACUGAUGUCAUCAGAGAAGGAAGGAAUUCCAGAGGGGAAUUUUCAGAUUUUGAUCAAAGAUUAUAAAAGACAAAAAAAAAAAAAAAAAAAAAAAAUGUUUUUGUGAAUCAACUUGCACGGAUGAAGACUAAUGUGCACUAACAAAGUAAAUAGGGUCAAUUUGGAUUUCAUGCCAACUUUAACAUCAACUCCAUAGAUUGGUCAGAAAGAUUAAAGUUGGCAUGAAAUGGAAGUAGCGAUUGUCUUUUCUUCCCUAUCGUGACGUAUAUCCAAACAGCUGAAAUAGCUUUCCGAACAAGAUAAAAUGUAGGGUGGGAUUUGAUUUUGUCCAUGGGGAAUUGAUUGGAUGGUUGUGGUCUGCUAUUGGUCGAUCUCAUGUGAUUGACAGGUUGCUCUGUCCUCGUGCCAUUAAACACAUUAUCAGAGAAGUUGCUGCAAAAGGGAUGGGAAGUUAUUUUGAUGAAUCAGAUUAAAUGAUUGUCAUGUUUUUCACACAAAAAAAUCACAUUAAAAGUUUUUGAAGCGUUUUGAGUCCUCAUGCAAACAAAUAAAUCACAACAACGUGUCAUGCUCGUCUGCUGAAAUCCUUAAAACCCCUCCCAUUCGCAACCAGCUGUCUCAUCCAGAACAGGUUUAACUGCACCUGCCUUCACUUCCUUAUGCACUUAUUUUUGUGCUUAUAAAAAUCUGUGAGCUAUGAGAAAGUUUCAUCACUAUAGUCAGAGUAUAGAUGAGAAGUUCACCCAAAAGAAAGAGAGAAGCAGGUGAGCAUCCUAAAAGAUAUCAGAGCUUAUUCUUUUCAAUGACCUGAAGAUCUAUGAAAUCAUUGCUCAUUUAACUCAGAGCUGAUCAUGGGGGCUUCACAGAGCAAAGAUAAGAUGCACUGCACCAGAUAUCUGAACGGCAAAGGUCCUCGACCGCUGACUGAGACAGUUCAAGCGGAAAUUCAAGGAUCAAACAACCACAAAAAGAAUACUCCGAUAAAACAAGGAAACCAGCCAGAUGGAGGGAAGAUGAAUUGGAAUAUCGAGAGACGGAGUUUGCCAGGACAUUCUGACUGUGACACCAUUCAGAUCACCUUUCAUUUUGAUGAUGGAAUUCAGUCGGACAUGCAUCCGCACCCAGGACAUAGCUACAAGGGCACCAAAUUUGUGGCCUACCUGCCUCAGAACACUACAGGGACCAAGAUCCUCCGGCUACUAGAGCAGGCCUUCGAAAACAAGCUGCUGUUCACUGUGGCGGCCAAUAUCAGCAAUGAAUACUGCGUGAUGCCUGCAGAUAUACCCCUCAAGACUCAGGACAGCGGGGGACCUGGAAGCUUGGGCUAUCCAGAUCCAAAUUAUUUGAAAUCAGUGAGGAAAAGUCUCAAGGUAAAAGGGAUCAACUGAGAGAAGAUGGACUACUAUGACUACAACAAAAUUUCCUACCUCGUCAUGACCCUGCUCUGCGUGACCAGGAUAUGGAUAUGGAUGUGGCACGAUUACAUGGAGUUUGAUGUUUACAGCCAAAUCAACAGAACAUGGUCGUGGCUGAUCAGUUUGACAUAGUGUAUGAGGACCUUUAUAUGCAAAGCCAGAAACUGAGUUGCAUACAGGGCGACUUGUUGUGUAUUUUCUAUUAAACAGAGUUCUAUCAUGAAGUAAGACAGUAUUGUAUGCAUUGCUAACUAUUGCUUAUUUGCUUAAAGUGUUUUUAAAUAUUUUUAAAUUAAAAAUAAAAAUUAAUAUAACCCCUU